AAUAUUUUCCUUUAUAUGCUCCUAUAAUACAUACACCCAUAGAACAAAAUUUCUGUUUUUGCUUUUAAUCAUCUCUUUGCCUAAUAUACUGUACUUCAAAAAACAAAACCCUAAGAUUGAUUCGCCGCCAUAUUUUUUUUCCCUUUUUUCUUCUUUUUAACCUACAUAAUUUUACCCUUUUCUUUAAGACACUUUCUUGAAGUUUAGUUAAUCAAAGAUUGGAUUUUUAUGUGCUUAAAUGUUUAGGAUUCAGCUUUGUACAUGUGGGGUUUUGUAAGUUUUUGAGGUUUAUAUGUAGAGUUUUGGUUUUUUAGUUUUUGUUGAGUAUUAAUUAUAUUUUGUUGUGGACUGACUGUGUGUGAAUUGGUGUUUUGAUCAUGGAUGUUGAGAAAAGAGCUUUCUUGGAAUUUUAAUUGUAUCAAAGAUUGGAUUUUUAUGAGCUGAAAGGUUUUGUUUUUAAGAUUGUCCAUGUGGGGUUUUGUAGUUUUUAAGGUUUAUGUUACAAAGUUUUUAUUUUGAUAGGUUUUUUGGGUAGCUUUCUUGGAGUUUUAUUUGAUGAAAAAUUGGAUUUUUAUGAGCUGAAAGGUUUUGUUUUGAGGUUUGUCCACGUGGGGUUUUGUAGUUUUUAAGGUUUAUAUAACAAAGUUUUGGUUUUGGUAGCUUUCUUGAGUUGUUAAGGAUUGUGGGUAUUGAUUAUAUUUGACAAAGUUUUGAUUUUUAUAGCUUUCUUGGGUUGUUAAGGAUUGUGGGUUGUGAUUAUAUUUGUUGUGGGAUGAGUUUUUGAAGAUAUGGUAUCUGAAUUAGGUAGGAGACCAAUGAUGGGAAACAAUGAAAAUUCAUUUGGAGAUGAGUUUGAGACAGAAAUCAGUAUGUUACUUCGUGACCAACGAAGACAAGAGGCGGAUGAUCGCGAAAAAGAGCUGAAUAUGUAUAGAAGUGGAUCAGCUCCACCUACUGUUGAAGGUUCAUUGAGUGCAGUUGGUGGAUUGUUUAACAAUAAUGGUUUCAUGUCUGAGGAGGAGUUAAGGUCUGAUCCUGCUUAUUUGUCUUACUAUUACUCGAACGUUAAUCUUAAUCCUAGGUUGCCUCCACCACUGAUGUCCAAAGAAGAUUGGCGGUUUUCGCAGAGGUUGCAAGGAGGAGGGAGUUCUGCUAUUGGUGAUAGGAGGAAGGUGAACAAGAAUGAUAAUGGUAGUAAUGGCGGGAGGUCAUCACCCUUUUCGAUGCCUCCGGGAUUUAAUAACUCGAAAAAAGCUGAGAGCGAGAACGAGACGGAUCAAUUGCAGGGUUCAGUGGAAUGGGGUGGUGAUGGGCUGAUUGGUUUGCCAGGACUAGGAUUAGGUAGUAAAAAGAAGAGCAUUGCUGAAAUGUUCCAGGAUGACUUCAGCCAUGUGUCUCCUGCUCCUGGUCACCCUUCACGCCCCGCUAGCCGAAAUGCUUUUGACGGUGGUGAUAAUACAAUAGGUUCAGUAGAAGCUGAGCUUUCUCAUCUUCAUCACGAGCUCUCUUCCUCAAAACCUUUAAGGUCUGAUGAGGUGCCUACUUCCUAUUCAUAUGCUGCUGCUUUAUCAAGAAGUACCACUCCUGAUCCCCAACAUAUUGCGAGGGCUCCUAGCCCUUCCCUCACUCCUAUUGGCGGAGGCAGGGGAGCCACUUCAGAGAAGAGAAAUGUUAGUAGUCCAAAUCCAUUUAAUGGUGUGUCGUCAUCUCACAGAACUGAUUCUGCAGAUCUUGUUGCUGCUUUGUCUGGCAUGAAUAUAUCUAAUGGUGGGCAGAAUAACACGAAGCAGCAUGAUUUCUUGAAGCAAUCCGAAUCCCCUCAGUUUAAUAGGGCUUCUAUUGCUCAGUCUGCAAAAGUACCAUAUUCUGUCGCUGUUACUGGCCACAGUGGAGGCUCAGACCCCAAUAGUUCAUACCUCAAAGGAUCCCCAACUUCAGGAUUGAAUGGUGGAGGUGGCGGCGUACUGUCUCAAUAUCCGCAUUUGGAUAAUCAAAAUUCAUCCUUCUCUAAUUAUGGUUUAAGCGGUCAUCCUCUCAGUCCAAUGUCAAGCCAUCUUGGCAACUAUAAUUUGCCACCUUUAUUUGGAAAUGCUGCUGCAGCAUCAGCGAUGGCUGUACCUGGAUUGGACUCUCGAAUGUUGGGGGGAUCUAACUUAAGCGCCGCAACCUCAGAGCAAACUCUCAGCAGAAUGGGAAAUCAAUUCGUGGAUCCUAUGUAUCUUCAGUACUUGACAGCUGAAUAUGCCGCGCAGGUCGCUGCUCUUAAUGAUCCUUCUUUGGACAGGAACUAUAUGGGUAAUUCAUAUGUGGACUUGCUUCAGAAAGCUUAUCUUGGUAACGUGCUACCUCAGAAAUCUCAAUACGGGGUCCCAUUGAGUAGCAAAAGCGGUGGUUCAGGUCAUCAUGGCUAUUACGGAAAUCCUGCAUUUGGAGUUGGUUUAUCAUAUCCUGGUAGUCCUUUAGCAAGUCCAGUUAUUCCAGGCUCUCCGGUAGGACCCGGUAGUCCUAUGAGGCAUAGUGAUUAUAAUAUGAGAUUUACUGGUAGAAUGAGAAACAUAGCAGGAGGUGUCAUAGGACCAUAUCACUUGGAUAACAUGGAGAACAGCUUAGCGUCCUCCCUACUGGAAGAGUUCAAAAGCAACAAGGCCAGGUGUUUUGAACUUUCAGAAAUUGUUGGUCACGUUGUUGAGUUUAGUGCCGACCAGUAUGGGAGCCGAUUCAUUCAACAAAAACUUGAAACUGCCACCAAUGAGGAGAAAAACAUGGUUUUCCAGGAAAUUUUUCCCCAAGCCCUUACAUUGAUGACUGAUGUCUUCGGAAAUUAUGUAAUCCAGAAGUUUUUUGAACAUGGAAUGGCACAUCAGAGGAGAGAAUUAGCUGGCAUACUGUUUGGACAUGUACUAACACUGAGCCUUCAAAUGUAUGGUUGUCGCGUGAUACAGAAGGCAAUAGAAGUAGUUGAUGUGGACCAGAAGAUUAAAAUGGUUGAGGAGCUUGAUGGUCAUAUCAUGCGCUGUGUACGAGAUCAGAAUGGGAAUCAUGUCAUUCAGAAAUGUAUUGAAUGUGUACCAGAAGAUCACAUUCAAUUUAUCAUCUCGACAUUUUUUGGACAAGUUAUUACUCUCUCUACCCAUCCAUAUGGAUGUCGAGUAAUACAGAGAGUAUUGGAACACUGUAGCGAUCCUGAAACUCAAAGUAAAGUGAUGGAGGAAAUCCUGGGAUCUGUAAGCAUGUUGGCACAAGAUCAAUAUGGUAAUUAUGUUGUUCAGCAUGUAUUGGAGCACGGGAAGCCGCACGAGCGCACUACUAUAAUUCAGGAACUAGCUGGGAAGAUCGUGCAAAUGAGCCAACAGAAGUUUGCCUCUAAUGUUGUUGAGAAGUGUUUAACUUUUUGUAAUUCCAGUGAACGACAGCUACUGGUGAAUGAGAUGCUUGGCACAACUGAUGAAAAUGAGCCUCUUCAGGCUAUGAUGAAAGAUCAGUUUGCGAAUUACGUAGUACAGAAAGUUUUGGAGACUUGUAGCGAUCAACAACGUGAGCUGAUCAUGUCGAGAAUAAAAGUUCACUUGAAUGCUCUGAAGAAAUACACUUACGGAAAGCAUAUUGUCGCCCGUGUUGAAAAGCUAGUUGCUGCUGGGGAACGAAGAAUUGCUGCUCAGUCCCCAAGUCCUGCUUAGUCUUGUAGGAAAAAGAAAGUUGUACAGCUAACUGAGGCUAGUUUGAGCUACCUAUCUUCCUUUUCUUCCACAUCUAGUGUUUUGGCUCCAUAUAUGUCUUCUAAGGUAUGGGGUAUAUUUGCAAAUAAAGUUGUUGCAUGUACUAGAGGAACUGUAAAUUGUGUAGUUAAAAACAUAAAAAUCAGGUAUGCUGAAGCUCAGAUGUCAAAUAUUCGAGAUGGCUGUGCAGAGGGAAGUCGAGUUUCCAAAAGGGUGUAAAAAGAAAGAUAAAAAGGCGAGGUAGUUUAUGUCAACGCGACUGUACAAAUGUUGCGUUUGUGGAGAGUUGAUGUUUAGGUGAGGAAAUUUUAUGUAUGGUAUUUGACUAAUUUUCUUUUAUGGCCAAGUAUAUUUCCUUUA